AUCAUCACUAUCCUUAAAUUGAAACGACAACUUUUUUAACAAUGGACGGUGUCAUCUAACACUUCUAACUCCACAAUUUCAGUAACUCAAACUCACUUUACCCUUUCUCAUUUCCUCUCUUCAUUUUCUCACAAUUUCUCAAUUCCUUCAAAUCCCUAACAAAAACCCUCAUAAGGGUUUUAAACCAUUUCAGCAAAUUCAUCAUUUACUUCAUCAAAUAUCAAAUUUUGAUCCCAACCCACAAAAAUUAAAACCAAAAGCUUACAUUUUUCUCAUCUGGGUAUCAAUAAAUUUCCCAUUUUUACAAAGAUUCACUAACGUGCUUUUCAAUUAAUCAAUUUUAUCAAAUAUGCACGCAAAAACUGAUUCUGAUGUCACAAGUUUCGACCCAUCACCACCAAGAUCACCAAAAAGAAUCCCUUAUUAUGUUCAAAGUCCUUCAAGAGAUUCUCAUGAUGGUGACAAAUCUUCAAAUAUGCAACCAAGUCCAAUGGGUUCACCUUCACAUCAAUCUUAUGGUCAUCAUUCAAGAGCUUCAUCUUCUAGUAGAAUUUCUGGUGGUUUUAACUCUUUUUUGGCUAAGAAAGGGAAUAGAAAAGUGAAUGAUAAAGUGUGGAUUGGAUCUAAGGUGAUUGAAGAAGAAAAUGGUGGUUAUGGUGAUUUUUAUCAUAAUGGUGAAGGGUUUUCAAGGAGGGUUCAAUUUUUCAUUGCUCUUGUUGGGUUUGUGUUGGUUUUUAGUUUGUUUUGUUUCAUCAUUUGGGUUGCUAGCUUGCAUUACAAACCUCAGCUUAGUGUCAAGAGUUUGACAGUGCAUAACUUCUACGUCGGAGUAGGGUCAGACAUCACUGGCGUUCCAACUAAGAUGCUGACAGUGAAUUGUUCGAUGAGAAUGACAGUGCAUAACCCUGCAACUUUUUUCGGCAUCUUCGUCAGCUCCAAGCCGGUGAAUCUUAUGUAUUCUGAGAUUACAGUUGCAACUGGUGAAUUGGAGAAAUAUCACCAACAGCGAAAGAGUCGCCGGACCGUGUCUGUCAACAUACAAGGAAGCAAGGUUCCAUUGUACGGUGCCGGUGCAAGUGUAGCGAGUUCGGUGGACAAUGGUAAAGUAUCGAUGACGCUUGUCUUUGAAGUUAAGUCGCGUGGGAAUGUUGUUGGCAAGUUGGUGAGGACUAAACACACACAACGUGUCUCUUGCUCCGUAGCUAUUGAUCCCCACAACAACAAAUCCAUCAAACUUAAAGAGAAUGAAUGUAAAUACAACUAAGUGGAUUUUGGUCUAAAAGCAACCGGUUUCUUGUGUGCUAUUUCAGUUCAUUCUACCGGCUUGAGAUAUUCUGAGAUAAAUUAAGAGUAUGUUUAGGUUGACUUAUUUAAGCUUAUCUACUUGUAUAAGCGGUUUGUGAGAUUGUUUAGGAGAGUUUAUGAAAACAACUUAAGAGACAUGUUCAUAGUUGUUUUUAGUAUAUUUCUAUAAACUCUCUAGGAUAACUUAUGAGCUUAUAGCUUAUAUGAAAGCAAUGCUAAUUUAUUUGUUGUUAUAGAAAUAGUUUAUACAUAAGUAUUUAUAUAAUAAGCGGUUGUGAUAUAAGUAUUUCAAAAUGUUAUAUAUCCAAAUUGAUACUAUAGGGGUGAAAAAAAUCUACUAGAGAUUAAUGGAAAAUUUAGGUUGUUGGUUAAUAUUGA